AUGUGGUCCAUCUUCGCGGCCCUCAAGUCGUCGCCUCCUGACGAGGCGGUCCCUCAACGGCCCCCUCGGUAUGCCGGCGAAGACACCACUCCGACCAGCCACCGGGAGAUCCUCGGCUGGUACGCCUACGGUAUCGCGGCCGAGGUCUUUGCCGUGUGUGGCGUUGGGUCCUUCUUGCCGUUGACGCUCGAGCAGCUCGCCCGCGAGCGGGGAUCUCUGCACGAUAGCCAUCGGCCAUGCUGGGGACCUGGCGCCCCCGACAAGAACGAUCCUCAGUACGUCGAGGAACAAUGUAUGGUGGGAGUGCUGGGAUUCCAGACCACCACUGCCAGCUUCGCCAUGUAUACAUUUUCACUGGCGGUGCUGAUUCAGGCGCUGACAUUAAUCUCGUUCAGCGCCCUGGCUGACUAUGAAAAGAAUCGCAAGACCCUGCUCCUAUCGUUCGGAUUCAUCGGUUCGGUCACCAGCAUGCUCUUCGUUCUCAUAGCUCCGUCGGUUUUCCUCCUCGGCUCUAUACUGGUGGUCAUCGGUGUCACUUGUCUAGGAUCAUCUUUUGUCGUGUUAAAUUCUUUCCUGCCAGUGCUCGUGGCCAAUGAUUCGUCCAUUCAAUCUACCUCCAAAGACCGCGGCGAGGAAAUGUUCGACCUGAACCCACACACUGAGACCGACGAUUGGAACACCUGGCGCGAUGAGGACAGUCUGGAUGGUAUGCCGGAGCCCGGUUUUGAUAAUGGAUCGCCCGCAGAUGACCUCGAAGGAAAGCAAUCGAAGCUAGCAUCUGCCUCGCCAGAACUGCUGCUGUCGACUCAGAUCUCGUCAAAGGGAAUUGGCCUAGGGUAUUGUGCCGCGGUGCUUGUGCAGAUUUUGAGUAUUCUGAUGCUCAUCCUACUGAACAAGACCUCCCUUGCCAAAGCCUCAGGAACACUCCCUAUGCGGUUUGUACUGCUUCUUGUUGGCAUCUGGUGGUGUGCCUUCACCUUCGUCUCUCGCCACUGGCUGCGGCCCAGGCCUGGUCCGCCCCUCGACGCAUCGGCCGGUUCAGAUGUGGCUCGUUGGCGCGCGUGGUUGCGUCUGGUUGGUUUCGCCUGGAAGUCACUGUGGCAGACCUUCAGAACCGCCCUGCGGCUGCGUGAAGUCCUGGUCUUCUUGGUGGCCUGGUUUCUCUUAUCCGAUGCUAUGGCCACCGUUUCGGGGACCGCCAUUCUUUUCGCUCGCACGGAGCUACACAUGCAACCCACCUCGAUCGGGUGUCUGUCGGUCACAGUCACCCUUUCCGGUAUGGCUGGGGCCUUCCUCUGGCCACGAGUAUCGAAGCGGUUCGGAUGGGCGUCGAACCAAACUAUUAUGAUCUGCAUUGCCCUCUUCGAGAUCAUUCCACUGUAUGGCAUGCUUGCCUACAUCCCGUUUGUGAAGAACUGGGGUGUGAUUGGCCUGCAACAGCCGUGGGAGAUCUUCCCCCUUGGUGUCAUUCAUGGCAUCGUCUCAGGCGGCUUGGCCUCCUAUUGCCGGUCCUUCUUUGGGCUGCUGAUACCGCCCGGGAGCGAAGCCGCCUUCUUUGCCCUGUACGCCGCCACAGAUAAGGGCAGCUCGUUCAUUGGACCUGCUAUUGUGGGAGUGCUGAUAGAUGCGACGGGGACGGUGCGGUCUGGCUUCUUCUUCAUUGCGGUGUUGAUCCUGCUACCCAUCCCCCUGGUGUGGAUGGUGAACGCGGAGAAGGGCCGCCACGAAGGCUUGGCCAUGGCCGAGUCCUUGGCUCGCGAGCGUGGCAAUGAGGAUGCUCAAGAGGCCGAAGGGCUCCUGGCUCGCGACGAGUGA